AUGAGGGAAUUCGCUCAAUCUCAGAAUUUGGUUGUAUAUCAUAAGAAAUUUCGGUAUAUAUCAUUACGAAAUAAACAACUAUUGGCUGAAAUCUCUCCACUGAAUGCUGGAAUCUCCAUAAUCGAACUAUUAAAGAUUGAUAAAAAUGAGGAAGAAAUUAUUUCGAAUAUUGAAAAUAAGGAAAUAUGGCGACAUGCAAAACCAGCUAAUGACAGGACAAUGGGAGUGGGAAACGAGGAAAAUGAGUAUAAGAAAAGGAAAUUCAAUUGGAAAUGGUACAAAUUCCGAUCAAUUCCUUUCAUUCUAUUACUAUUGUUAGCAGCAGCACUAGUGCAUUCACCAAUACAAUUCGUGACGGCUAAGUUAAGAAAUGGUAACAAUGGAUAUUGUGAAUCAAAUAGGGUAUCAUUGUUGGCAACAUCACAUGUUGUCACACCUGCAUUAGCCGCACUUUUUGGCCGUACUUGUCGAUGUGCAUUCGAUUGGCGUUCGCACUUUUGCAAGCAAAUUGAACGAUACAAAUCUUUGCUUGCUGUUCCAAAAAUGCAACAGCAUGAAAAUGAUCAACUACCAAUCGUUUGCAUUUGCAGACAACUUACAUCAGAAAAUAACUGUCAACAAUUUAUGACGCAAUGUUAUUUUACGCCUGAAAAUCAGCAUGAAGAAUGUACAUGUUGUUUCAAUCAACCAAAUGCAUUUUGUAAUCAAUUACAAUGCCACAAUGGUGAACCAAAAUUUGGCAUGCAUGCAAACACAACAUGCAUUUGUCAUCCACCAACUUCCUAUCCAUACAGCAUUUGUGCUUAUCACAGUUCAUCGUUUUAUGAUCAGCGAGAAAUUGUUAUAUCUGAUAAUCACGAUAAUGGACAACAGUCUGAUUAUAUCAAAUAUCCAUUGCAUGAAUCAUCGGUGCAUCAUGAGGAAUCAACUGCAAUGAGGCUAUAUGGUAUACAAAUUACACCUACCUUGGCCAUUAUCAUUGUUCUAGGUUUAUUGGGUGCCAUCAUACUAUUAACAUCGAUAUUACUUGUAGUACGAUCAUGUCGUACGCAUCGUGAGCAUCGUAAUCGUGCAGCAAAACGUGAACUGGCGCAAUCGGUAUUGCUUGAACAACGUGCUGAAGAAGAAAAAUAUUUGCCAUAG